AUGGCAGACGACAAACCGCAGCAGACUGCCGGCUUGAAAAGAGGACUCGCGCCAAGGCAUCUGGCGUUCAUAUCCAUUGGUGCUUGUAUCGGAACAGGUAUAUUUCUGGGAAUAGGAGGGAGUCUGGCAAAGGGUGGACCACUCGGCGUGUGGCUUGCAUACUCCCUCAUGUGCACCGUUGCGAUUGCUGUCAUGCUCCUCAUCGGCGAGAUGGUGACUUUCCUUCCAGUGCAAGGCGGGCACGUCCGCCUCGCAGGCCGAUUUGUCGACCCUGCUCUUUCAUGUGCCCUGGGCCUCAAUUAUUAUCUCUGCUGGGUCCUUAUCUUCGCCGCAGAGAUCUCUGCGUCAGCUGUACUCAUCUCAUUCUGGACGACCUCGAUCAAUAUCGGAGUAUGGAUGGCGAUCGCUCUAACCAUUGUUUUGGCCAUCAAUCUGUUCGGCGUCCAGUAUUAUGGAGAGGCGGAAGUCUGCUUCGCGAGCCGUAAGGUCAUCACGAUGCUGGGGCUUAUUAUCUUGUCUAUCAUAUUGGACGCGGGUGGUGGACCCGACCAUAAACCAAUAGGGUUUCAAUUCUGGAGAGAUCCUGGACCGUUUGUUCAAUAUCUUGGGAUACCGGGAUCUAAGGGACGAUUUCUCGCUUUCUUUUCCGUUCUUACUCAAGCUGCGUUCACUAUCAGCGGAACAGAGAUGCUCGCUAUCGCAGCGGCUGAAACUCGCAAUCCACGCAAAGUACUUCCCCACGCCCUUCGUACUGUCUGGAUCCGGAUCGUCAUCAUCUACUUCCUCGGCUCCUUCGUCGUAGGUCUCGUCGUAGCCUCCACCAACCCCGCUCUCGGAACCACCUCCACCGCAUCCGCCUCGCCCUAUGUCAUCGCCAUCCAAGCCGCCGGAAUCAAAGUCUUACCCUCCAUCAUCAACGCCGCCAUCCUCACCUCCGCGCUUUCGGCCGCCAACUCCGACGUCUUCCUCACCUCUCGCACACUCCACUCCCUCGCCACACAAGGCCACGCCCCUCGCAUCUUCAGAACGACCAGCCGCACAGGCGUGCCAUACAUAUCCGUUCUCUUCUCGUGGUCCUUCGGCUGCCUUGCGUUUCUCGGCCUCAACUCCUCCGCCGAGAACGUCUUCUUGUUCCUCGUCAACCUCACCGCCAUCUCCGGAACGAUCACCUGGCUCGUCAUCGCCAUAAUGUAUAUCUGUUUUCGUCGCGGUAUGGCCGCACAAGGUCUCGAUCGAGCGACUGUACUACCAUGGAGGACGAGCUUGGGGUGGCCGGCGGCGGUGUGGGUGACUUUUACGAUGUCGGUUAUUACGGUGUUUAGUGGAUGGGAGGUGUUCAGGCCGGGAGAAUGGGACACUUCGACGUUUGUGUCGAAUUAUCUGCCCAUUGGGUGGUUUGCCGUGUUUUAUUUUGGGUAUAAGUGGUAUUUGAAGAGUCGGAUCGUGCGGCCGCAUGAGAUAGACUUCGUCAGCGACCUCGAUGUUAUUGAGGCUGACGAGAAGUUGUACGGUGAAGAGGAGGAUGUAGCACCUACUUUCCUGCGGAAGAUGAUGAAUGCGGUCUGA